AUGGCGUGGUCGUCUGCAGUGAAACUGAGGGUUCCGAUCCCAAACUCGCUUGCAGCACUGCUACGCCGCUGCAGUUCUUCGGCUGCAGGAGAAACUGGCUUUGGUAAACAAAUCGAAAAUGACGAACCCUUCGCUCCUGCGCCUCCAAAUCCUAUACCUAAUAGGCCUCUGAGACGCGAGAGACCCUUCCAGUCCCGCUCCGCCGCCCCUCCGCCCCCACUUCCUCCGCCGCCGCGAGCUUCUCACUUCCCCCAAAAUCAUAAUAAUGCGCAGCCACGGACGAGGACGGACAGGGAUGUUAAUUCCAAUCGUGACGAUCACAUCUCCGAUGCUGCCUUCCUCGACAGAUUCAAGCUCCAGCCCGACGGCGGGGAUCCCCAAACCCACUCUCCUACUACGGCAGCAGCUCCGCCUCCACCGAAAGAGGGCGGUGGCGAUGAAACUCAUCGGAACCCAACAAAUUCCGAUCAUUCCCACCACCCACAAUCGCCUCCUCCCGAGGCCGACGAGAUCUUCAGGAAGAUGAAGGAGACGGGGCUGAUCCCCAACGCUGUCGCCAUGCUCGACGGGCUGUGCAAGGACGGCCUUGUCCAGGACGCAAUGAAGCUCUUCGCUCAGAUGCGGGAGAAAGGAACAAUGCCGGAUGUAGUUAUUUACACGGCGGUGGUGGAUGGCUUCUGCAAGGCCCAGAAGCUGGAGGAUGCCAAGAGGAUUUUCAGGAAGAUGAUCAGCAAUGGCAUCAACCCAAAUGCCUUCAGCUACACGGUCUUGAUCCAAGGACUGUACAAGUGUGCCCAGCUCGACGAUGCCGUGGAAUUCUGCUGCGAAAUGCUGGAAGCUGGCCAUUCUCCUAAUGUGACCACUUUCGUCGGCUUGGUGGAUGCCAUGUGUAGGCACAAGGGUAUGGAAGAAGCUCGGGGAGUCAUCAAAUCGUUGCGGGAGAAAGGGAUGUAUCUCAAUGACAAGGCCGUGAGGGAGUUCUUGGACAAGAAUGCGCCAUUAUCUUCGGCACUUUGGGAAGCUUUCUUUGGGAAGAAACCAACUCAAAACCUUUUCUGA